AGCCGGCUGCGGCUCGCCCCGCCCGGCGGCAGGGCCCGGCGGGGCCGCGCAGCGCUCGGCGGCGGGAGGCAGGCGUGGAAGUGAAGUGUAGCUGCUUGCUCUUGCAAAGCAUUUCUCUACCGAACUACCUGCCGGUGCUCCAGCCUUCUUCACAAGCUGUUCAAAUCCAGUCUACACCGCUCUUUUCUAGUUGAGCUGAAGCAAUGAAGAAAGCCCUGAUCCUUCAGAGAUUACUUUGGCUGGACCUAUUGAAUUCCGGUCCUAUUGAAUUCCGUAGACCUACUCACAGUUCACAAGCACAGGCGGUUCUACCUCUUCCUAUGGAGGAGAGGCUUCGGUUUUCGAUCCCUGUGAAACAGCCACAUUUUCAGGAUACAGAAAGAACAGCACAGGAAAGGCCUGCAUUCCAUGAUGUUGAGAGGAGUCGCUCAUGGUGCAAGAGAUACAUUUACACUCCUGUUGGCAAGAUCUCAGUACUGUAACCCUGGAUUGAAAUUUUUGUCCUUACGGACUGAAGUAAGGAACAGAAGCUUCUUAAUACAUUCCACAUAUACAACCGAUACAAAAUCGAGAGAGGAAAAUAAAAAGACCAUUGAGAGCCUCUACAGAUUGUCGGUCGACGUUAAGAAAAUACGCAGACUGAAGGAAUGGGUCCUUCUCCAGGAGGUGGCCUACAUUCAAGAAGUUGCUAGCAUCUUACAAGAAAUGGGAGCAGAUGAGACCGCUGUAGCCAGUAUUUUAGAACGUUGCCCAGAGGCAAUUCUCCGUAGUCCUGCAGAGAUAAACGCUCAAAGAGCUCUAUGGCAAUUAGUAUGCCAGAAUGAAAAACAAUUGAUUAAAUUAAUAGAGCAGUUUCCAGAGUCUUUUUUUACUACUGGGCAUCAUGAGAACCAGAAAGCAAAUAUUCUGUUCUUUCAAGAGCUAGGACUUAAGAAUAAUAUAAUCACCAGGUUCUUAACGAGCGCACCCAAUAUUUUCUACAAUCCUGUUGAAAAAAAUAAAAAGGUGAUAGAGACGUUACAGAGAAAUUAUUUAAAUUUAGGAGGUUCUGAUGCCAAUAUGAAGGUCUGGAUACUAAAGUUACUGAGCCAGAAUCCAUUUAUUUUAUUAAAUACCUCCACCACAAUCCAGGAGAACUUGGAGUUUCUCCAGAAGAGUGAUUUCAGUGACCACGAAGUACUACAGCUGCUGUCUAAACUUAAAGGUUUUAUUUUUCAGCUUACUCCGACUACUAUGCAGAAGAGCAUGCUUUUUUCCAAAAACGUCUUUAAGUGCAGCGAUCAAGAAUUAAAAGAACUAGUGCUGAAAUGCCCGGCCCUUCUCUACUAUUCUGUUCCAAUUCUGGAAGAAAGACUCGGAGGACUGCUGAAGGAAGGAAUUUCUAUCGCGCAGAUUAGAGACACACCGAUGGUGCUGGAGUUGACAACACAAAUUGUUCAGUACAGAAUUAAAAAACUCUCUGCUUUGGGAUAUAAUAUAAAGAGUGGAAGUCUAGAAAGCUUAAAUGGCACUAAGAAAGAUUUUGAAGUCAAUUAUGGCAAGAUACAGUCAAAGAAGGAGAGACCAAUAUUUAAUCCUGUUGCUCCUCUAAACACUCAAGACUAAUUUGAAUGCUGUAUUUUAAGUUAUGCAAAAGAAAACGAUCAAAGAUGUCUCGGUUCUCUGAUAAGAGCUGAAACAAAAGUCACCUUCACCAGAUUGUAGUCCUAGCUGUGCUUUGUCCAGGUGUGGGUUUUAUAUGCGCAACUUCAUUAUCCAGUUGUAGCCUUCUAAUGCUUCCAGGUAGUACCGUAGAAUCUGGCUAUGAGAAAGGUUGAUUCAUCAUGUACAUAAAGACUUGUUUAUCCCCCA